AAGUUGAACGUAACGGUCGAAAUGUAAGUUAGUCCUAUAUAUGGCGUCCAAGAGUUCAGUUGUAUCUUGUCAAUAAAUUUAUAUAUUUUUGUUAUUUAAAUUGAUGACUAUCGCUUAAAUCUCCAGCUCAAACUUUUCCGUUAACCUAGUUCCCCACAUGCAAGACAUCAGAGCUACGGAUAGUCAACCAUGGGGUGUCAGUACCGAGCAGAUGCGGGACGCCACAAAUCUAUUGCCCUUCCAACGUAGCCAAGCUUUAACGGAGUAAAAGUUUAUGUAUCAACGGGGUAGUAAAGUUACACAAUGCUCACUGUACGAAAUUCUCUCAAGAAAACGUUGCUAGCCUCCCGAACUCAUUCACCAUUUAGUUUGUGUUGAGGCAACACGAUGCCUGCAAACACAAAAAUUUUGUUAUUACGUUCAAUAUUGGUCAUAAAUUUUAUUUUUCGGUUUACAAAUUUUUGUUCUAUCAAGGAGGAAAUAUGUUAAGGCCAAAAAUAGGAGAAGAAGACUUACGUUCCUGUAUACUAUCUUUGUUCAAUCAAGGAAAAACUGAAGUCGAAGCAAUGAAAAUAAUUAAGGAAAAGUAUGGGGAGGUUUUGACAAAAAGCAGGUGCUCGUGGUGAUAUAACGAGUUCAAACAAAAAAAUAGAAGUCUUGAAAUAGUCCGACAAUUAAAAUUAUUUAUAAAGUUGGAUGAGUUAUUGGAUGUAAAUCCUUGUCAAACAGCUAAGGAAUUAUCAUUGAAGAUGAACAUGAGUUCAUCGAGUAAAGUUCAAAAUAAUCUUCGUCGCAUUGGAAGAGUGUACAAGAAAGGCUGUUAUAUUCCUGAAGCAUUAAUUGAGACGGUAUUUCAACAAAGGCGUACUACUUGAGAAGUACUGAGAGAAGUGGGUAGAAUGCAAUAGUUUAGUACAAGGAAAACAAUUGCUUUCUUCCUGAGAAGCAACUGUUUCGACACCUGAACCAUCAUCAUCAAUAACAAAACAGAAGAUACUUGUUUGUGUGUGGUGGGAUUAUUUUGGAAUCAUACAUUAUGAAUUGCUUGAUCAGACUGUUACAGCUACAAUGUAUUGCAAUCAACUCGAACGAAUGAAACAAAAGCUAAUAGAAAGAAAAUCUUUGUUCGUCAAUGGAAAAAACAGGAUCCUUCAACAAGAUAACAAUUUCACAAGAAAUGUUCCAAAAAUAAUAAAUAGAAAAUUAAUGGAGCUUGGAUUCGAAUUUUUACCUCAUCCACCCUAUUCACAAGAUCUCUUGCUGUCGAAAGAUCUUUUCAAUAAAUUAAAUGGUUCAUUAAGAAGUAAAAACUUUAGUAAUGUCAGAGAAGAGAAAACCUACUUAAAAGAGUUUUUUAAUGAAAUAUCGAAAUAUUUUUGUUCAAUUAAAGUCAAACAACUGCCUAAUUUGUGAAAUGCAGUGGUAAAAAAUAAUGGAGAUUAUUGAUAAUGACAAUAUUUAUUUGCAAAUAAAUAUUUUCGCAAAAAAAAAAUUUUGAUUAGUUUUAAAAAUUUGAUUACAUUAAAAGAAAUAAUGGAAUUAAUGAUACCUAAUGAAAGCUCUCUUGUAAAUAAAAACAAUGAUGAAUCGUCGUCUUUAAUUCGUGAUAAGAUAACGAUAAGUAAUGAAUAUUUGGGAAGAUUUGUAUGUAUCUUAUCAAAAAUGAUCUUAACUGAAUCUAAAAAGACUGAAUUUUUUAAAUGGCUAUGUCCUAUUGCAUCGAUAACUGAUAAUAUUAGGGAUAUAGAAUUGGCGUUAUAUUCUAGAAAAGAUAUGGCCUUUAUCAAUGAAUGGAAUUUAUGUAUGAAUGAAUUAAAUGGACAUUCGAAGUCUGCUACUACUGUAGAAGAUGUMAUUAGAAUAUGCAAUGACAUAUUUAAAUAUAAAAAUGAUGAUAAUGUUAUGAUUUUAAAUGAAAUGGAAAUACUUAGGAGAAUAAUGACACAAAAAUCACAUUGGUUAACAGAUAUCCUAAAUAUAUGUUACACGAAAGGAGAUAACGAAGACUUACAAAACUGGACAGACAAUGCAAUUGUAUUUGAAGUAAUGGAAUUUGUAUUAAAGAAUUGUAAUCUGAGUAUUUUUAACGAUCAUACUUUUCAUAAAUUAAAUACCACGUUAAAGAUACAUAUUGAAAUUAUUCAAUGGAUUUUGAAUUUAAAAAGUUCAGAAGUUAUGGAAGAAAUGCAACAUGGUAUAGAAUUAAGAAGUAUUGUACAUGCAAUACCAUUAAAACGUCUAUUGUAUCUUUUGGAAAAUUGUACAGUACUUUAUUUAUUAAAAGAARCUACAAAUAUUCAUGAAAUAGAUCAUAAUCAAAUCAAAGAACUAUUACAACGUACUGGAGAACCUGACAAUAUUUAUCAAGCUUAUUGCAGUAUGGUAAAUGCAUUAAAAGGAAUUUUACUUUGUAAAAAUUACAAUGAGAAGUAUUCAAAUAUUACCAAAUGUUUCUUCGACAUGGAMUCAUAUUUAAACACCUUAUAUCCAUUUACAUUAAGAUUGGAGACAAUGGAAAAUAUAUUUUCUUUCCUUUUCUUAAGUUACGGCGAUUUUUGUAAUAAUGAAAAUAAAUUGCAAGAUUUGAAUGCUGUGCCAAACGAAAAGCCAACGUUUACUCACAGAUCAAACAAACACAAUAAUAAUAAUCAUUUUAUUUCUAAUAAAUACUCUGUUAGAGAAUUAUUAUAUUACUUGAAAAAUAGUAUUACGCAUAUGGAGAUCGAAAUAAGGAAAGUAAGAAAUGAUCCAACGUAGUUGGAAGAAAUAAAAGAAUUAAGGGGACGUUCCAACUUGCAAUUUUUAAAAAAUUGAA